GAAAAAAAAAUCAGCGGACGCUGUUGCCAUGACAGCGGCUCUUGUUUAGCUCGUCGGCUAACAGUGUAGCUCAGGUUAAACCGCAUGUGGACUCACUGCGUCGUGUCUGUGACUGUCCGACCAUGCCAACCAAGAACAAAAACAAAAAGGCCGGGAAGGGGAAGACGUCUGCCGCGGUGGUGGACGGUCUCUCAGCCGUGGAGAUGUCCAAGGAUCAGCUGGAGGAGCACCUCGUUCUCCUCAGAGAGGAGCUGGACAAGGAGCGGGAGGAGAGGAGCUUCUUCCAGCUGGAGAGGGACAAGAUCCAGGCGUUCUGGGAACUCUCCAAGAGGAGCCUGGAGGAGAUGGAGGCCGAGCUGAGGAGCAGACAGAGGGAGAGGGAGGAGGCAGAGGAGCGCCACCGAGUGGAAAUCACUGUGUAUAAACACAAGCUGAAGCGCGUCCUGUCUGAACACCACAACAACAACACCUCUGGGCUGAAGACAAACGUCACCACCUCGACGUCACUGAUACAGAACCAGCAUGCGCAGUCAGAGAUCGGACAUCAGAAGGAAUUGUGUGGCUUGCAGGUUGACUUCAGGGAGAAGAAGCUUGACAACGAAGACUUCAUCAAGGAGCUGAAGCUGAAACAUCAGGUGGAGUUAAUGGAACUGGCAAAUGGCUAUGAGAGGAGACUCAGAGAAAUCGAGGUGAAAUAUCACAAGAAAAUGCAGUCGCUGAUGGAAGCAGAGGGCAGGAAGCGACGAGCCGAGAUCAAUGAGUUCGAGGACAGAACGAAUAGUCGCGUCGUGGCUCUGGUGGAGGACCAUGACAGAGCUCUGAGAGGUGCCGAGGAGCACCACUCUAUGAUUCAAACUAAACUACUGGAGGAGCAGAAGCUUCUGAAGGAAGAACUUGCAGAGAUGAAGAAGCAGCAUGCACGAGUGUACAAAAAGCUUUCAGCAGCCGAACGAGAGAACAAACGUCUGAAUGAAUCUCUGCAGGAAGCACAACAGAAGCUGCCCGAGCUCCGAAAACAGCUGGAAGACAACAACCAGGCCAAGACAGCGAUGAGCAGAGCUCGAGUGAAGGUCAUUGAAAAGGAACUGAGCGAUUUGACGGUGGAGCACGAGCUGCUGCUGCAGGCGUUUGAAAAGGUUCAGCAGGAGCGUGAUGAGCUGUUGAAGAAGCAGACAGAGGUCAUUCUGGAUGUACAGCAGAAGAACAGACUUAAGGAGCUGCUGCUGGAGAGGAAGUUAACAGCACUGACAGAAACUCUGGAGAAGAAGGAGGCGCAGCUCUGCGCUGCGCUCUCAGCCUCCAGUGUCGACCAACCUGCAGGCAGCAGCGCCGCAAACAAACUCGAGGAAAUAUUGGAGUCUAAUCGAGUCUCCAACAACAUCCAGUGUGACUUGGCUUGAUAGUGUAAGGUGUAUGACGACCUGUAAGAAGAGGCUGAAGACUCUGGGUGUCCCUCUGUAUGACGUUACCUUCAGGCCCUCAGAGCAGAUCAUGGGUGGACACACUUGGGUACAGAACUCUACUGGACCUGCCUCCAAUUACUGAACUCCACCCUGUGUGAGGUUACACUCACCCGCUCUACUACUACUAAACCUACUUAAAGGGUCUGUUCCUUUAUCAUGAAGCAGUUGGUGUUGAUAUGUUUACCAGGUAAACUUGAAAUCACAAAAGUCACUCAUGUUGUUAAACAACAAUUAAUAUUUUUGUCACAAUACUUUUUGACUUGAGACAUUCAGAUAUUUUUAAGUUCUUGAUUUUCCUCAAUGGACUUAUUUUUAUUUGUUUGGCCUUUAUUUUAAUUGGUGUGUUUUUAAUAUUCUUCAUCUUGAGCGCAUCAUAGUAAAAAUAGUAACAGUGCCACUGUGCAAAAAUACAUCCUCUCAGAGCUGCUGGCACAACGGUAGACUUUUAAUACCUGAAACCUUCAGUAGUGUCCUUAUUGGUAACUGUCACUUUAAUUUGAGUUAUUGUCAGACCUGUCAAUGAUCAUUGUAGUUUUCAGGCCAGAUUAUUUUGAUAUAUUUUCCUGUAAUUCUGCCUGAAAACAGACAAAAGUACAUUUUGUUCAACAAUUAAAGCAAUAGUUUGACAUUUUGGGAAAUGUGCUUGUUUCUCAUCCAGAAGCGGGGACUUUAAGUGUUGUUGCCUCGAGGUUGCCAGACAACCAGUGGAGACACACUUAUCAUACUGAGUACAAAUAUUCUGCCCAAUAACAGACUAAAAAAAUCGCAAUGUGUCAGUUAAAACAUAACUAUAGAUAUUAUAGAGAUAUGUGUUAAUCAUGAGCUUCAGAGGUGCUGGUUGGUGGAUGUUAUUACCUUUGUCUGAUUCCAGCUUUCAAGUGUCUCCUGACUGUAGCUUUGUAUUUACAGACAUGAGAGGUAUCUAUCCUCUUUAACUCUAUUCUGUCUUUAACACAACAUCACAUCUUCACAUAUGUUCACCUUCAAGAAAAACAAACAAUCCAGACAUGAAUGUUGUGGUACAUUCCCUUUACUGACAUUCAAUGUCAAUAGUUUACAUUGCAUACAAGCAUAUCGUAUAGAAAAACUAUGCACAUUAACAUUUACAGUCUAUUUACACACACAGUAUGGCUUAUGAAAAAAAAAAAGCAGUCAGUGGUUCAUGUGUUCAUAUUCAGGCAAAUUCAAAUAAAACUGAACUGAUGUCAAACCGGUUUGUGGAAGACUUGUUAGAAGCUCGAUUUACUCACUGUGACGGGUUUAUUUAAAAAAUAAAAUCAGCUCUGAAAUAUUUAUUCAAGCACUGAGCUGCCGGAGGGACAAAACCUUCCCUCUGAAUGAAUUAUUUGUCUUUGCAUGUGUACUGAGUGGGGAAACUAGAUAAUCCACUUUAAUCUGAGAAAUCUGAUCGAUGAAAGAUGUGUUUGAAUUUGUUUAAUGUCUACUCGUUUAUCUUAAAGGUGUGUGGAGACAGAUUUCAAUGAUCGCGUUGCUGUUUAAAAGCAAAUAUUUCUGCAGUCUUAGAUGGAACGAGCUAACUUUGCAGCCUAGUAAAUCCCAAAAUGUCAGGUCACAUCAAAAGUGUGCAGGGAUGCCCCAGUCACAUUUUUCCUUUGCCACGAUACCGACUGUCGAUCAUCUAUGAGCCAUAUCGGCUGAUAUUGAUCGUAUUAUAGUAGCUGGUAUAGCAGCAUUUUAAAGAGAUCAAGUACUGGAAUAGCUUAUUUUUUAAACAAAGUGCUUAAAAUGUCGUUGAAAUUCAAAUUCUUAUAUUUUGACCAAAGUUUUAUUCAUCAUCAUCGUUAUGAUUAAAUUGCUCAGCUUUUUUUCUUUUUUUAAAUUCGGACACGUCACCGUCUCUUCAUCUCCUUUCUUCCUCGCCUUGAUGAGCUUGUUACUGAAAAAACUAAAUAUACCAGAGAGGUGUACAUGUCAUGCUGUAUGGCUGGAAAUCGAUUGUUAAUGGUGAUUGGCUUUCGAUUGCUGACUCCUCACUCCUCCUCCUCCUAACUGUCAAGUAGGAGCCACAAGUGGUCAACAACAGUUAGGCUAAAAACAAGACUCCCCUAUUCUGUUGUAGACUACAUUUUGGCCUCUGUCGUGGCUCCACACAAACUUUUGGUCUUAACUUGAAUUGGAGCAUCUGCAGAUGCCAUCUUGACUGAAAGCUGUCUGCUGUAGGACAUAUUAGAGAGGUCAAGAUCUGCUAGUAAACAAAUACAAUGUGGGUCAUUAUUUGAUUAAAUUUAAUUAAUCUUGACCUCCUGAUCGCAUAUUUUUACUGAAUAUUGGCUGACAAUGAUCAGUGACUCAUGGAUCCGGGCAUCCCUUAAACUAAAAACAAAAUUUUGGUGGCACUAAAACAAUCUUUGGGAUAACUCCACGUCUGGGAGUUAAAGUUGAGCUGUAUCAAGUCCUGCCCCGAUAUGACUUCAAACUAAAUGGCACAAAUUAUUGUAUUAUUGUUAUAGCUCGUUGUAGUUGCUGGCACUCGUCAGCGUCUCCUGCAUGUUUGAGAAUCACAGUGAAGUUAACGAGAGAGAACAGUAAACUUCUUAGUGUGUCUUUGUUUGGAGACUGCUGUUUCAUUUGUUUCCACUUGUUAGUCCAAAACUCUUUCAUGUUUUAAUUUCUUGAUACGCCGGGUGUAGUUUUACAUUAAAAUAUGAUCUUAGCACAGCUUUCAGUAACAAAGCUUCCAAAUAUUGUUCUGUCAGCAUUGUCAACACCAUUUUCAAAUAGUCACCAGAAAAAUAGAAACUCUCCCGUACAACAGCUGAGAUGUUAAAUCAGUCGUGCGGUCCUUUUUGAGGCUGUAGUUUUCUUGUCUUAUAUAACAGUUGCUCCUCCACAUAUAUAUACACAGUAAAUACGUUGGACAAACUAUAAGAAACAUUUCAGUAAAAUGCAGUUGAACUAUUGUUCAGCCUUAAAGAUGACCAGAUGAGUAGAAUCCAUCACUUGUCACUGUGGAGCUUCUAUUUUUCUGGACACUGUGUAAUUCAUUUGUACGGGUAAUUCAAAGGACCAGUGUGUAGGAUUAAGUGGCAUCUAUUGGUAUAAAUGCUGAUUGUAACCCCCCUCAUGUCACCCUCUCCUUCUGUAGAUAUAAAUGGCUCGAUCUAAGUUAACAAGAACAUAAAUAUUCUUGAUUAUACACUAAUGAAAACAUGUUAUGAAUAUUGUAUUCUGUGAAUAGAGCCACUACAUGUGACACACUGGACCUUUAAUGUAAAAGUUUGUUUCCCAGAUUAAAAACAGUUUUUUUUCUUGCUGCAAUCACUUUCUCCUCCUCAUACUGACCAAUAAAAAAGUGACACUUUUAGUUUCUACAAUACUCAUACGCAUUUAACUGAAGCUGUCCAUCUUUCCAUCUGUACUAAAAAGUCACUUUUUCACUUAAAUUCUGCUGAAAAGCUCUUUUGAGUAACAGAAACUGAAAGCCUGAAAGGUGGAAAAUCACUAUGUGUGAAGAAACUUCUCCACCGUUGACCAGUAUCACAUCCUCAUCGCUACAAAGCUAAACAGAAAACUACUCAAGAUUUUUCCUGAUUUGUCAAACUUAGACUGUUGAAGACUGACACCAGCUUCAGAUGUAAACAUAAUGUGGACUGUGGAUUCUGUCCUCCGCCACUUCAACUGAAAGUACAUGAAGACCUUUUAAUACUCAGUAUGAGCCAGAGAAAUGGUUACAACAAGAACAUGUUUGUGUCCAUGUGGCAUCUGUUUUAAGACUGUUGUGAUUCAGCAGGUGAGACCAUGAUAAGCCGCAGCAGGUCACGUUCUCUAACUACAAACAGUGCUGCAGUCACAGUGAGGGGACAAUAACAGUCUGACAACAAGACUAAUUACAUUUUUUUGGACUUUGGCUUCAAACAAACAUCACGUUACAUCAUACAACCAGGUGAAUAUUCACUCCCAUUCAGACCACACAACAGACCAACACAAGCAUGAAUUUCGCUGUUUUUUUUCAACUGUAGCUUCGUUCUCAGAGACAAUUUGUGUUUGUGAUAUCUUUUUUCAGGGACGAGUGUGGAUUGGUUUUAGUGGUUACUGUAAACAUGCUCUGUAUAGUGCUGUUCAUGGAAAUCAAACCCAUUGUCGCGUGAGUGUUAAUGUCUCAUGACAAGAGAUGAAAAUUCAGGGUCCAUGUGUGUGAUUCAUCUACAGCUGCAAUUAAUGAUCAUUAUUGAUUCUUUUUUGUUUUUGAUAAAUUGACUGUUUAGUCUAUAAAAAGUGAGAAAUUAGUGAAAAAUGCCCAACAGAACAAAGUUCAUGUCUUCAGAUGCACCAUUUUGUCAAGUUUACAAUAUUAAACAUUUAAGAAGCUGAAA